UCACGUUCUCCUGACAUGGACUCAUUAGAGCGGCUCAUCAGCGCCGCCAAGCCGAUGCCUAGGGUAUUGGCGGCAACUGGUACGUCAUUGCCUAGGAGGGCCCUGGUGCAUGCCAGCUUGGCAACGUCGGCUGCUGUGGGCAGAAGGGGUAGACAUUUGACCGGCACGUUUUGCCUGACUGGGGAUACUAUGGAGGGUAUAAUACAGUGCUUGGUGUUCUUGAAGGCCUUCUGGCUCGUCGGCGGUGAAUUUGAUAUGGAGUUGAACUUCGUGAUACAGGAUGCUCAGAAUAUCAGGCACAUGCUCGAACUUUUGGAUCACUGUCCACCAAAUCUGCAGGCCGAAAUAUGGAGCGUUUUCAUCGCCAUCUUGAGGAAAAGCGUCCGGAAUCUACAAGCCUGCACUGACGUGGGCCUGAUAGAACAUGUUCUCAAAAGACUCAGGAAUGCGGACGUCGUGGUUGCCGAUCUACUGAUUGAAAUGUUGGGUGUCCUGGCAAGCUAUAGCAUCACUGUAAAAGAACUGAAACUACUUUUUGGAGCCAUGAAGGCUGUGAAUGCAAAAUGGCCCCGUCACUCCGCCAAACUACUGAACGUGCUCCGUCAGAUGCCCCAGAGGAGCGGUCCAGAUGUUUUUUUCAGUUUUCCAGGACGCAAGGGAUCGGCGGUUGUGUUACCUCCAUUAGCGAAAUGGCCUUAUGAAAAUGGAUUCACCUUCACAACCUGGUUCAGAUUAGACCCAAUCAAUUCAGUUAAUAUAGAGAGGGAGAAGCCUUAUUUAUAUUGUUUUAAAACUAGUAAAGGUGUAGGAUAUACAGCUCAUUUUGUAGGAAAUUGUUUAGUUUUAACCUCUAUGAAAAUUAAGGGCAAAGGUUUUCAGCACUGUGUCAAAUACGAAUUCCAACCAAGAAAGUGGUACAUGCUUGCAAUAGUUUAUAUAUAUAAUAGAUGGACAAAGAGUGAGAUAAAAUGUUUAGUCAAUGGUCAAUUAGCUUCAAGCACAGAUAUGGCUUGGUUUGUUUCUACGAACGAUCCUUUUGAUAAGUGUUAUAUUGGUGCCACGCCUGAAUUGGACGAAGAGAGAGUUUUUUGCGGUCAGAUGUCUGCCAUAUAUUUGUUCAGUGAAGCACUAACAACGCAACAAAUUUGCGCUAUGCAUAGGUUAGGUCCAGGAUAUAAGAGUCAGUUUCGUUUUGAUAACGAAUGUAAUAUUAAUUUGCCUGACAAUCACAAAAGGGUGAGUGAUAAUGACCAAUCAUCUAGCAUGCCGUUGACUGCAGUGGAUGCACGUACCGUUUUAUAUGACGGUAAACUUUCCAGUGCUAUAGUUUUUAUGUACAACCCAGUUGCCACAGAUAGUCAGUUAUGUUUACAAUCAGCACCUAAGGGCAAUCUAUCUUAUUUUGUACACACCCCUCAUGCUCUUAUGUUACAAGACGUGAAAGCUGUGAUAACACAUUCAAUCCACAGCACUCUUAAUUCCAUCGGAGGUAUUCAAGUAUUGUUCCCGCUUUUCUCCCAAUUGGACCUGCCUUACGAGUUGAACUCUGCCUCAGACUUCAAACGUGAUCCAACUCUAUGCUCAAAGCUUCUGGGGUUUAUUUGCGAACUGGUGGAGACAUCUCAAACAGUCCAACAGCACAUGAUACAGAACCGUGGAUUCUUAGUGAUAAGUUUCAUGCUGCAAAGGUCUUCUAGAGAUCAUCUAACUGUUGAUGUACUCGGUUCAUUCCUCAGCUUAACUAAGUAUCUUGUUACAUGCCUCAGUGCCAAUAGCGAGCUCUUGCUCAAACAGUUGUUUUGCUUUUCAUUUCUGACCUGGCAGCUGUUGGACCACGUGCUGUUCAACCCAGCACUCUGGAUAUACACACCGGCUCCUGUCCAGACGAAACUGUACUCCUAUCUGGCCACAGAGUUUCUGUCGGACACACAGAUCUACUCGAACGUGAGAAGGGUUUCGACGGUUCUGCAGACUGUACACACGCUCAAGUACUAUUACUGGGUGACAAAUCCGAGGAAUAAGAGUGGGAUAAUACCGAAGGGUUUGGAUGGCCCUAGGCCUGCCCAGAAAGACAUUUUGGCAAUUCGGGCAUAUAUACUACUCUUCCUGAAACAACUUAUAAUGGUUGGAAAUGGUGUGAAAGAUGACGAAUUGCAAAGCAUACUGAAUUACUUAACUACAAUCCACGAAGAUGAAAAUCUUCACGACGUACUCCAGAUGCUGAUAUCUCUGAUGUCGGAACACCCAUCCUCUAUGGUUCCUGCAUUCGACGCUAAAUUUGGAGUGCGCUGUAUCUUCAAACUCCUUGCUUCCGAAAGUCAAUUAAUACGAUUACAAGCUCUGAAAUUGCUGGGAUUUUUCCUCAGCAGGAGCACCCACAAGAGGAAAUACGACGUUAUGAGUCCCCACAACCUCUACACGCUCCUUGCCGAAAGGCUUUUACUGAACGAAGAUAGUCUGUCAUUACCGACAUACAACGUGCUGUUCGAAAUUAUGACGGAGCACAUCAGCCAGCAGAUUUUGUACACGAGACAUCCUGAACCCGAAUCACAUUUCAGACUUGAAAAUCCCAUGAUUCUCAAAGUUGUUGCCACACUGGUGCGUCAAUCGAAGCAAGACGAGCAGUUGUUGGAGGUCAAGAAACUGUUCCUGUCAGAUAUGACGCUUCUCUGUAACAACAACAGGGAAAAUAGGAGAACUGUUCUGCAAAUGUCGGUUUGGCAGGAAUGGCUCAUCGCGAUGGCUUACAUCCAUCCCAAGAACACCGAAGAACAGAAACUGUCAGACAUGGUUUAUUCUCUAUUCAGGAUGCUCCUACACCAUGCUAUCAAGUAUGAGUAUGGAGGCUGGAGAGUAUGGGUGGAUACACUCGCCAUAGUGCAUUCGAAGGUUUCCUAUGAAGAAUUCAAGCUUCAGUUCGCCCAGAUGUACGAGCACUAUGAACGCCAUCGUGCCGACAACAUAACCGAUCCCUUGGUGAGGCAGCAGCAUCCGAUUAGCACCAUUUCUGGAUGGGAAAAUCAGACGCAGGCUAUAGCGAACGGUUGCCCAGAAGAUCCCGAUGAAAGAUGGAAUGGUAGAGGAAACAUGCGCGAAAUCGCACAUGGUAAUGAUAAGUCUGAUCAUCACUGUAACUGCGACUACAACAUGUCAGAAGAUAGUCCCAUGUCUUACACUGCGAAACACGAGGAUAGUGAAGGUGUUAGUUUAGACUCGAGGACUAGUGAUCUUUAUAGUGAUGUUAAAGUAGGCAAAGAUUCACCUUAUUCCAUGGACUCGCCGUUGAAAUCGCAGAUAGCUGAGAGCACACCCGAGCCUUGUGAAUAUCAGAUGGUGGUGUGCAAUGGUCUGCAUACCGGAAGUAGUUCUAGUUUCGGAUCUCCUGCGAAGAAUGCUGAAGAAAUGGAAUCGACAGAGAUUAUAACUGAAAUUGUGGAAGAAAUAAUAAGAAAGUCUGAGAAACUCUUGGAAGACUGUGAUGAAGACCUUGAAAAUUCAAAAGUUCCCCCUUCUAUUUUGUCUAAGGAAGAAAUACAUCAAGCUGUAAAUGAAAUCGUUGAAAGCAUUGUCGACUCUGUUAAAGAAGAUGAGGAGGCUAACAUGGAGUCCACGCUGACGCAAGAUCAAGAGGAUGAAGAGAGAAAUGAUAAAUCCAUCGUUUCCCAGCAAAGCAUUCAGAGUAUUGAAGAUACAGGCUCGCCAACAAGUCCGGAAAGAGAUAUACUCGACAGUGAUUUGUCAGAGAGAUAUCAAACUCCUACUGAUUAUGAUGAAUUUGUUGAAGUCGCUACCAGUGGGUCGCCAAUCAAAGUUAUAUCUAUUGAAGAUAAGAAGGAAGAUGAAAUAGUGAAGGCUGAAAAAGAAGAAGAGAGUAACCAUGAUGAAGGAAUCUCAACUGAUUCAAAUGAAGACCAGAAGUUGUCAGAGGAAGAGGCUGCUCAAAAGAAGGCUUCAGAGGAGAAUAUUUCCGAGGAGAAGGCAUCCAAAGAGAGCUCCGAAGUGUUUCAUGAAGCAAAAUCCGAUUCUCCCACCCCUGAGAUUGUCCCAGAUAUUCAAGAGGAAGUCGAAAACGUUAAUCCAACUGAAGGCGUUGAAGGUGAUGUGAGAAUCGAUGAACCGAACGAAUCCACCAUUAGUGAACAUCUAGAAACUGAAAACAGAAAGUCCGAAACUGUGCCAAUUUUCGAAAAUAGUGCUGUGUCUGUAGAAUUAGAACCGUCCAAUAUUAAUUCUAGUCUAAAUAAUGAAUUACCUGAAAACAUUCCUAAUGAAACAAGUGAACUGAAAUCUUCUGAAAACAAUGUCGUUAAAAGUACUGAAGAUGACUCGCAGAAAGAUGAGGACAGUGAAGUGCCUUCAGUUGAAAGCAUUCCAACGAUUUCGAAAAUCUGUGAUCCUAGUUACGAUGUCGAAAAUAAUUCUUCUCCUAGUUUUCCAAACCCCAGUGGGAGUGAAAAGGUGACCGAAGUUGAUGCGUCAACCCAAAAUGAUACAACAGUGCCUCUAGAAGAACCCAAACGAAGAGUCAGCCUACCUAGCAACCACUUAGACAGCCAAAGUAAUGAUACAAUUAAUGAAUGUUCGGAAGAGAGACGACCAAGAAGUGCGUCAACUUCAACCCAGGUGGAUCCAAAUCAUUUUGGAGGUAAUAAAUACGCUAAAUCCAACUCUACCUCAUCGAGGCCUAUGUUCAGCCCUGGACCGACUAGACCUCCUUUCAGGAUACCAGAGUUCAAAUGGUCGUACAUACACCAGAGACUUCUAUCGGACGUCCUCUUCUCCUUAGAGACCGACAUCCAAGUCUGGCGCAGUCAUUCAACCAAGUCUGUGCUUGACUUCGUUAACAGCACUGAUAACGCCAUAUUUGUUGUGAAUACCGUACAUUUGAUAUCGCAACUUGCGGACAACUUGAUCAUAGCUUGUGGGGGAUUGCUGCCAUUAUUAGCUUCUGCGACGUCUCCGAAUAGUGAACUCGAUGUGAUAGAGCCUACUCAAGGCAUGCCUAUUGAAGUAGCAGUAUCGUUCCUUCAAAGACUUGUCAAUAUGGCUGAUGUACUUAUAUUCGCUAGUUCCUUGAACUUCGGGGAGCUUGAGUCAGAGAAAAAUAUGUCAAGUGGAGGAAUUUUGAGGCAGUGUUUGAGACUGGUUUGCACUUGCGCAGUGCGAAAUUGUUUGGAGUGCAAAGAGAGAAGCCGACCGCACCUAUCACUUGCACCUGCCUCCAUUAAUGCCAGUCACAAAGCUGCACACCUCCAGUCUUUCAUUCGGGGUGUACAGAAUUCACCCAAGAAUGUCGCUGACAACUUGUCGAAUAAUUCAACACCUGUGAAGGAUCCGGAGAAGCUCCUUCAAGACAUGGAUGUCAACAGGUUGAGAGCAGUCAUAUACAGAGACGUGGAAGAAACGAAGCAGGCCCAAUUCCUAUCGUUAGCUAUAGUCUAUUUCAUAUCUGUGUUGAUGGUAUCCAAGUACAGGGACAUCCUCGAACCACCAGUUUCGAUAAGGGUUGCAACACCACCUGUACCUGCCAAAAGCAACGGAACAUCACAUCACUCCAAUAGUCCACAAGGAGGGAGUGCCAGACCUCUUUUUCCUCAAUGGUCCCACCACGUCUACCCCCAAUUCCUACCAGGUAGCCACCCCAACGCAAUUCCUCACCACACCUAUAUCCGCCACCGUCAUUCCUACAUGAAACAUCAACACUACCAACAUAACCUGAAUAACAAUCACCAUUCCCACCACCAUAACCACAAAAUCGACCACCGCUAUCACCGAAACUCAAUAGCUAGCCAUCCAGCUACAAGGUCUAUACACAACCAGACACAAGAAGACACCGACUAUGAAGUUAUCACUGCCUAUGUCAUGGAUGAUAACCAUUCCAUGAGCCAAGAAAAUGAACUCCACUCGGGUCCUGCAUCGAUGAAGACCAGCACUACCGUAAGGCAAAGGCCGCCUGUUAAGGGAUAUGGGUUUUCUGUAGAUUACUCUUUGGAUGGAAUAAGGCAUGCAAGGUCUCGUGAUCAUGCUCGUUUUAAUACUAAGAGCACCGAUUCAGUGGAAGAAAUAAAUUCUGAAAAUUCAGCGGAUCUCAACAACAUGGGAUCACAAAACGAAAUCACUAUACCAGAUAACAAAACACUGUCAAACGAUGAGAACUGGACAGAUAUUAAUCUAAACGAAGAUAGUGAAUCGAAAGAUGAUUCGCGCAAUAUGCAGAAUAUGGCUCAUUCUCAUCCAGGUCUAGUGGACAUCGAAGGAAAUAUAAAAGAUAAACAUCAUUCCGAAAUCUCAGUGGUCCAAAUACCGCAUGACGUCAUCCAGAACUCCAGCCAAAUCAGAGAAGAUGACCUUCCCAUGAACAGUAUCGUAGAACAUAUAUCCAUUCCAACACCAUCUAGAGAAGCAUCCCUCACCCAAAAACUAGAGAUGGCACUCGGAUCUGUAUGUCCCCUGCUCAGGGAGAUAAUGGUGGAUUUUGCGCCCUUCCUAUCGAAGACAUUGGUUGGGUCACACGGUCAGGAACUUCUGAUGGAAGGAAAAGGUCUCACCACUUUUAAGAACAGCAAUUCUGUUGUCGAAUUGGUCAUGCUGUUAUGUUCCCAAGAGUGGCAGAACUCGUUACAAAAGCACGCUGGUUUGGCCUUCAUAGAACUGAUCAAUGAGGGUAGACUGCUAUCUCAUGCAAUGAAAGAUCACAUUGUUCGUGUGGCCAAUGAGGCUGAAUUCAUCCUGAACAGGAUGAGAGCUGAUGAUGUUUUGAAACACGCAGAUUUUGAAAGUCAAUGUGCUCAGUCAUUAUUAGACAGAAAGGAAGAAGAGAGGAUGUGUGAUCACCUCAUAACUGCAGCUAGAAGAAGAGACAAUGUUAUAGCAAGUCGUCUUCUCGAAAAGGUCAGAAACAUCAUGUCCAAUAAGCAUGGUGCUUGGGGUUAUAUUGACCCUUCAUCUCCUAGGAUAACCGAAUUUUGGAAACUGGAUGCUUGGGAAGAUGAUGCCAGAAGGAGAAAGAGGUUCGUCCAUAACCCCUUAGGUACGUCACAUCCAGAAGCUAGUUUGAAGGCAGCAAUCGAGCAUGGAGCCCCCGAAGACGCUAUAUUGCAAGCUAGAGAAGAGUUCCAUGCUCACUUGGCAGCAACGAGGAGUCAUCAGAAUGUUCAAAAUACGGACUUGAUGGACGAUAGUGAACUACUGCUAGAUGACAGAGAAUUAGAUAAUGAUUUAACGGGACCUGUGAAUAUAAGUACCAAAGCUAAGCUUAUUGCUCCUGGUGUGGUGGCGCCUGGAAUAGUCUCCAUCACUUCUACAGAACUGUACUUCGAGGUUGACGAGGAGGACGAGAUAUUCAAGAAGGUCGAUUCAGAGGUCUUGAAAUACUGUGACCACUUACAUGGCAAGUGGUAUUUCUCUGAGGUACGAGCUAUAUUCUCCCGAAGAUACUUGCUGCAAAAUGUGGCAAUUGAAAUAUUCUUGGCUAGUCGAACCUCGAUUAUGUUCGCCUUCCCAGACCAAGCCACCGUGAAGAAAGUCAUAAAGGCGUUGCCGAGAGUGGGAGUUGGAAUCAAAUAUGGAAUACCACAAACCAGAAGAGCCAGUAUGAUGUCCCCAAGGCAGUUGAUGAGGAACUCCAACAUGACUCAAAAGUGGCAGCGUCGAGAAAUAUCAAAUUUCGAAUAUUUGAUGUUUUUGAACACCAUUGCAGGGAGGACAUACAAUGACCUGAAUCAGUAUCCAGUUUUUCCUUGGGUGCUCACCAACUACGACUCCAAGGAUCUAGACUUGAGUCAACCUAGCAACUACAGGGAUCUAUCCAAACCUAUUGGAGCGUUGAACCCCAACAGAAGAAUUUAUUUCGAAGACAGAUAUUCCUCAUGGGAACAUGACAGCAUACCUCCGUUUCACUACGGAACCCACUAUAGCACCGCCGCCUUUGUGUUCAACUGGCUCAUUCGAUUGGAACCGUUCACCACGAUGUUCUUGGCCCUCCAAGGAGGAAAAUUCGACUACCCCAACCGACUGUUUUCUUCGAUCAGUCUUUCAUGGAAAAACUGCCAAAGAGAUACCUCCGACGUCAAAGAACUCAUUCCAGAAUUCUACUUCCUACCAGAAAUGUUUGUCAAUUCAAACAAAUACCGACUGGGAGUUACCGAAGAUGGUAAACCUAUAAGUGAUGUUGAAUUACCUCCGUGGGCGAAGACACCAGAAGAGUUUGUGAGGAUAAAUAGAAUGGCACUAGAAUCUGAAUUUGUCUCAUGUCAAUUACACCAGUGGAUUGAUCUCAUCUUCGGCUACAAGCAGAGAGGUCCUGAAGCUAUUAGAGCCACCAACGUGUUCUACUACCUAACCUAUGAAGGAAGCGUGGAUCUAGACGCUAUCCAAGAUAAAGUCAUGAAAGAAGCGGUGGAAAACCAAAUCAAAAACUUUGGGCAGACACCAAGUCAACUUCUCAUGGAACCACAUCCGCCAAGAAGUUCUGCUAUGCAUUUGUCGCCCAUGAUGUUCUCCAGUAUUCCGGAUGAUGUCUGUAUGACCAUGAAGUUCCUGUCAAAUAGUCCUGUGGUCCACAUCUCUGCCAAUACAUAUCCCCAGUUACCGAACCCAUCAGUGGUCACUGUCACCAUGCAUCAGCAGUUUGCUGUCAACCGCUGGAACUCUGGAUAUGCAGCAGUAGCACAGUCGCCUAGUUUUGCAGAUACGCCUCAAAAUCAAAGCGUCAACUUACCACUGUCAAUGGACCCAGUUCUAUCCCAAACUACAACCAAUGCCAAUGCCAACCAGAUGCUACGUCGGCAUCUGGGCGACAACUUCAGCCAGAACCUUAAAAUUCGUUCCAAUUGUUUCGUUACGACGGUAGAUUCCAAAUUCGUGAUAGCCUGCGGUUUCUGGGACAACAGUUUCAGGGUCUUCUCCACGGACACGGCCAAAAUUAUCCAGAUCAUAUUCGGACACUACGGCGUAGUGACUUGUCUUUCCCGGUCGGAAUGCAACAUAACCUCAGACUGUUACAUUGCUUCCGGUUCGGCCGAUUGUACAGUUCUAUUGUGGCACUGGAACGCAAGGACUCAGAACAUAGUUGGCGAAGGGGAAGUACCGACACCGAGAGCUACGCUUACCGGACACGAACAGCCUGUAUCCAGCGUUGUCAUAUCGGCGGAACUCGGAUUGGUUGUUUCUGGCUCUUAUAAUGGACCAGUAUUAGUGCACACAACUUUCGGAGACUUACUCCGUUGCCUUGAUCCUCCCAGUGGAUUCAAUUCUCCAGAAAAUAUUACCAUGUCCCGUGAGGGAGUGAUCGUAGUUAACUACGAGAAAGGAAACAUUGCUGCGUUCACUAUAAAUGGAAAACGUCUUAGACAUGAAUCACAUAACGACAAUAUACAGUGUCUUUUACUGAGCCGAGAUGGAGAAUACCUUAUGACAGGUGGAGAUAAAGGAAUAGUAGAAGUGUGGCGUACUUUCAAUUUGGCCCUGUUAUAUGCCUUCCCAGCAUGUGAUAGUAGUGUUAGGUCUCUUGCUUUAUCACAUGAUCAGAAAUUUUUGUUGGCUGGUCUGGCUCUCGGUUCAUUGGUUGUAUUCCACAUUGAUUUCAACAGGUGGCAUCAUGAAUUUCAACAACGUUACUGAUUAGACUGGAGCGGUUACUUAACGAAGGAUUAUAAAAUAAUGCUCUUUCAGGAGAAUUGUACUUAAUGCUUUUCUUUAUCUUAUUAACUUAGUAUUUUUUCCGAUUUUAAUCUAAUGUUUUUUCUGAAGUGAAUAAAAGUAUUAGCAUUGGCUUUCGCGAUGAAAUAAAAUUAAAUCACAGCUUUUAGGUAAAUGAAUCUCUAAAAUAAUUGGAGUUGAAUUCGUAUGCUCAAUUUGCUGGAAUAUGAAAAUUUUCUUCACUUCAUUAAAAACUCUCCCAGUUAUGUAGUAGGGUAGGUUCAAAUGACGUUACUUUUUGUGCAAUACACACAUUAUUUAACGAAAAAACUUAAAAUUAGAAAUUGUUCACUUGUUAACUGAAAAAUUUUUAGGUAUAGUUACAUUGAUAUUUUUCAGGUCACUGCAUUUUUUUCUAAGAAUUUAAUCGUAGUAACUAGUUCUAUAUAUUUCAUUUUUUACCCGGAUUGUAUUAGCCAGAUGGUUUUUGUAUUGAUUUGUGAAAUCUAUUCCUUCAUGUAUUUUAAAGUAUCUGGAAGUCACGUAUAUAAUAUAAUAAACGAGUCACAUGAAUUCUGAAAGUGAAUUUCUCCCAAAGGUAAUUGAAUUUCUUGUUUUCGAUGUUAAAUGUAAUGAUUUUGACUUCCAGGUAAUUUUCGAAGUGAUUUUAUUGAAAUAAGAAUUCAAGGAAAAGAGCACAUUUUGCUUAAUGCUUGCACAUCCAAGAAAUUCUGCAAGUUGUUGUUGAACUUUCUGUGAUAAUAUGAGAAUCAUCUACAUUUUUUUCAACUCUGCACCACUCCCUCUGAUUUUAACUUCACAGAAACUUUAGUUAUGAAAGUCAACAUUACUUUAAACCUCUAAUGAAAGUAAGGGUUAUAUUGUUUCUGCAACAAUUAAUUUACACAAAGAAUCACACCACAAGAGUUCAUAUUAAACUAAUGAUGGAUUUAUGUACUUAAAUUGAAAACUUCAAUAGCAAUGUAUUUUAUUUACAGUAAAAUUUGUAAGUUGAUUCCCAUAGUAUUUAAAGAAAUGAUAAUUCCAAUCGCAGCACAUUCGGUUGAAUUUCUAACAGGUUUUAGCCGAAUUCACUUGUGCUUUUUUAAAACAUUCCCUCCAAGCAUGUGUAUUAUAUAAUUAUAUAUUGCAAUCUGUCCAUUUAAGAAAUCAAACACUUGUAAAUAAAAAGGAAGGUUGUUUUAUUUCUCAAAGAAUCGAUAACGAGUAUUCGAAUGAAAAUAAAAAACUUGUAUUAUUUUGUUACUUGAAAAAGAAAGGAAUGUAAUUAUUUGUAAGAAAUUUAUGUAUGUUUGAUGUCUAGCAAUAAUAUUGUAUCGACUACUCAUUUGUAUACACCAUAUUAAGAAUAAAAAAUUAAAUGUG